GGUUUUUCUCUUAUAGACUUUUAAGUGUCUAAAUAAUAAAGCUGACUUAGUGCAGUAAUAUUAGACGUAGUUUAUGACCGUUAGUCAUCCUGAGACGCUAUCUAACAGGUAAACAAGUCGGUUUCUAGGAAACGACUCAACAACAAAGCUUUGUUGCUAGCUCGUCUUCACUCAGCGUGCUAAGCUAGUGGACACGCGAAGACAAACAUGGAGAAGAGAAACUUCCUGAAGGGGCUGCCUGUCUACAACAAAAACAGUUUCACCAGGUUCCAUGCAGACUCUGUAUGUAAAGCAUCAAACCGUCGGCCGUCUGUGUAUCUGCCUACAAAAGAAUAUCCAUCAGAUCAGAUCAUUGUGACAGAGAAGACAAACAUCCUGCUGCGGUACCUGCAUCAGCAGUGGGAUAAAAAGAAUUCGGGGAAGAAGCGAGACCAGGAGUCGACGGAAGAGGACAGCUCGGCGCCUCCGCGAAAGAUGGCGCGAACAGACAGCGAGGAGCCCAGCGAGGACUCGUAGUGAGCCGCGCCGCUUCCUCCUUUCUCCCAGAGACUCGACUGCUUCAACAGAAUCCAUGCAGACAUGCGGCGCGUUAGCAGACGUGGCGGUGUGGUAAACAGUGCUGAUGGUUUCGAACCGCAGCUGUCCCGGCGGCCCCCCGCAGUGUGACUCCAGGUUUACUCCAGCAGCUCCUUUACCUACCGGGUCUCCAUGUCUCUGGAGCGCUCUGUGGCGUGUCUUCACAACCAAUGGUGUAAAUUUCUAACAAGAUUAAAAUAAUACUUCAGUAUGUUGUUAAUACCA